AUGAGAUGCUUGGCGCAGCUCCGCCGGGCAGCUACGGCUGCGGGGCUUCCGGCUCAUGUGACGCCGUACAAAUGCCCCGUGCCGCGGGUCAUCCAUCACCGGAUCGAACACGUAAAGCCUGGCCGCUUAAUCAUCGUUGGCGACGUUCACGGAACUCCCGAGCUCUUCCGCUUGCUGGAUUCAUUGCGGUACAACGCCGCCUCUGACAACCUGAUCCUUGCCGGCGACCUCGUCAACAAGGGGCCCGUGUCCCUUGCAAUACUUGAUGCCGUACCGAAGCUCGGCUGCUGGGCCGUACGCGGCAACCACGACGACGCGGUGUUGUCCGCCUGGCUACAGUUCCGAGCCGGCCAGCCACUAAACCCCAAAUUGAAAUGGGCUCAAGACAUGACAGAUGAACAGGCUGCCGUACUUUUGGGACUGCCGUUCACAGUUUCGGUGCCCGAGUACGGUAUAACCGUCGUACAUGCAGGCUUGGUGCCCGGCGUGCCCAUUGAGCAGCAAGACAUGUGGGCCAUGUACAAAAUGCGCAACGUGGUGGAGCUGAAGGAGGACGGGGGGGAGGGGCAGAGAGGGGCAGGGGGCCAGGGGGAGGACGCGACCCGGAGGUACCAGUUGUCUGUUCCCAACGUCCACACACCUCCAGGCCGCGCGGGAGACGCGUGCAAAGGCAGUUCCGGAACCCCUAGUCGGAGUACAGGGCAGAUGUACAGGGCGGUGGAGAAGGCCAAGGACGGCGGAAAGGCCUGGGGGGCGCUGUGGCGGGGUCCGACCCACGUGUUUUUUGGCCAUGACGCCAAACGGCGCCUGCAGCUGCAUCCGCACGCCACGGGCCUGGACACGGGCUGUGUGUACGGCGGGGCGCUGACAGCGGCGGUGAUGCCGCCGCUAGCGGAUCUCAGGGCGCGUAGCCCGGGGUUUCUUUCCCGGUUGCGUUCGGGAGGGGCGUUGUCGCGCAAAGACCUGAUGGUGGAGCUUGUGGCCGUGGAGGCCGGGGAGGUGUACUCGGCACCGGUGAACGACGGUGCCAGAAAGGGGUGA